AUACUAACUUGCAAUAUGCUCUGGAGGAUUCAGACGCUCCAUUUCCGGUGUGUAAAUGAACGGACAUGACAGCAAGCAGACAAUAGGUGGGAAGAUUGCUGAUAUGAGUAGACAAGCAAGUGGUAGUGUUAGUCAUCUUGGCAUUAUGCAUGCCGCCAUCGUAUUCUGUUGAUGUGGAGUGCAUUGGAAGCAAGGGAGAUCCGGGUGUUCCUGGAGUUCCGGGUCCUCCAGGAAGACAGGGACCAGUAGGAAAACAAGGAGCAGCAGGAAUUUCAGGCGGCACCGGCUUGAAGGGUGAGGUAGGAGCUGAAGGUGCAGUUGGUCCACCAGGUAAACAGGGAGUGCAAGGUGUGAUGGGUCGUGCAGGUGCACCCGGACCUCAAGGUCCUCCAGGGAAAAGUGGAAUGAUGGGUCCACCGGGACCCAGAGGUCCUCCAGGACAAACGGGAGGACGUGGAGAGAAGGGAGAACGAGGAGUGGAGGGUCCAAGAGGUUUGGCUGGAUUAGAUGGCAUUCCGGGUGCUGCAGGUCCCAUCGGACCCGUAGGAUCACGUGGACCAUUAGGAGUGAAGGUCGCAUAUUGAUUGGUGUGGGUAAGACGUAAGAUUUGAUGUGAGUUUGCUACCGUAUUAGGGUAAUCGUGGAUUACCCGGAGCAAAGGGAGAAGCCGGACCACAAGGUCGUCCCGGUCCAGAGAUGAGUGAAGAUGUGUUGAAACACUAUUUUUCUCCAGUCAAGGGACUGGCAGAGAGGAUGAAAGAACUGGAGGAUUGGAAAGAAGAGGUAGACAAGCAAAGAGCGGUGAAGUGAGUAGUAUUGUGUGAGACUG